AUGAAGAAGCUCUUCUUCUUUAGGUCUUCGUCUGGUAAUGGAGCUGACAAACAGGCUCACUGCGAAAAAGCAGCAGAUGGUAAGAUGAAAACCCAAGCUAACACUCCGACUGAACAAGAGUUCAACAGUCCCAAGUCACACGGUGAGGCUUCUGGUGGUCCAUCUCUUAGACGAAGCCUUUCGUUGUCCUCAGCAGGUUUCACUUUUGAUAAGUUUGGAGAAGUUUCCACCAAUGAGCUAAGCCAGGAUAGGCGGCGGAAGCAAUCAUCUCGAUGUUUCACUCCAGAAAGACUAAUUAGAGAGAGGCAGUUUGAAGUCCAACAAGAUUCAUCUGGGAGUUCGUCAACUUGUUCUAGUAAUCUCUCUAGUAAAGUUCUGGACCGUUAUAUUGAUGGAGAGGAGCAUUUAGAACAGUGCAAGCAAAAGAGUUGUUCCUCACGCAGCGAUGUCUCUAGCAGCAUUAACCGAAGGAGGCUUCCACCCCGGGUCCACUGUACAGUCCCUACAUCUCCAUCAGACAAUCUCAAUGACAGAAGGAAGUCACACUCAUUUAGAGAAGCUAAAGGCACCCGCCAUCGUUUAUCUUCCACUGAUCGUGCGGACAACGGAUCAAGGCAUGGAUCACCACGUUCGCUUGCAAGAAAUGUCAUUGAAAGACUCUCUGAGACUCAUGGCAACUCAAAGGGGGCAAAUCAUGAACCCAUCACUAUUCAAGAUGUCUACGGUGGAUCCCGUGAUAGAACUUUUGACUCGAGCUCAGAUGUCACUGCUCAACGUUAUGAACCUGUUAACGAAUAUUAUGCGUAUGGCUAUGGAAAGCACCAGCAAAACCAUAUACAUGGUAAGAACAUGUAUAGGUGUAUGGAAGAGGAUGUUGACUCAGAGCUGGCAGUGAAAAUUAAAGAAGCUGAGAAGAGAAUGAAACUGUUCUCUGAAGAAAUGGAGCAGCAGAGAUGCCUUUCUGACUGUGAUUUUGAUGUCUCAUCUUUGGUUGGGGCGAUUAGAAAACUUGAAGAUGAAAGGCUCAAGUUGGCAUUUGAGAAUGUAAAUCUUUUGCGCUCCCAAAUGGCUGAGAGGGCUUCUGCCAGGGAAGAAAUGAGACUGGUGAAGUCAGAUUGGGACCUGAACAUACAGAGAAUAGAGAAAGAGCGGAGCGAGUUGCAGGCUGGAUUGGAGAAAGAGCUUGAUAGAAGGUCAGGCGAGUGGACUUCAAAGCUUGAAAAAUUCCAGCUAGAAGAGAGGAAGAUGCUAGCGCGUGUGAGAGAGCUUGCUGAGCAGAAUGUCUCACUUCAGAGAGAACUCUCAGCUUUCCAUGAAAAUGAGACAGAGAGCAAAGGCAUGAUAACACAUCUGGAGGGAAGAGUUGCAGAGCUGACCACGGCAGCAGAUGAAUUGCAUGAUGAGAACUCGUAUCUUAAGCAAACUCUCUCCCAGGUCAAAGAGAGCUAUGCAGGUGCUACAGAAGAUAAUGAUUUUUUAAGAAGGAACUUUGAAGAGAAGGAUCAAGAGUGCAAGGAGUUGCACAAAUCUGUUGCAAAUUUUCUGAGAACCUGCAAAGAACAAGAGAAGACAAUCGAGGGGCUUCGAGAUGGGGUUUCUGAGGAGAAUAAGAAGCAACCGUCGGAGAAGAUGGACCAGUUGGUGAAGAAGUUGCAGGUGGAGCAGAUAAGGUUGACAGGGAUCGAGCUUUCACUUAGAAAGGAAGUGGAAUCAAUGAAGAUUGAAACUGACUCUCUUCGCCAAGAGAAUAUCUGUCUGCUGAAUCGAUUGAAAGGAAAUGGCAAAGAGAUAGACAUUACAACGCUUAAGCUAGAGAAUGAGUUGAAGAUGCGUAUCAGCUGCUUGCAAGACCAAGGACUGCAAAUGUUAAAUGAGAGCAACCACCUGUGUUACAAGUUACUGAAGUUCAUCAAAGGGAAGCUAACUCAGGUUACUGAAACCUGUCAGGAUACAGGUUCGAUGAAGGAUGGGUUAAGCGAGCAGUUUAUGAUUGAAUCUGAAAUGAAAGUCCAUGGAAUAAGGCGUGGAACUGAAAACCUGAAGAGGAGUUUGCAAACAGUAACUAGUGUGGUGGCUUCAAAUUCAGAAUCAUCUUGUUCAAGUACUGAUAGGCCUAAGGAACAAAGAAACCAAUCAGUUGAAGAUAACCUUCGAGCAGAGCUUAGAGCUGAGACCCUAAUCACAAGUUUAUUACGGGAGAAACUGUAUUCCAAGGAACAAGAAAUUGAACAGCUGCAAGCAGAAGUAGCAGCAGCAGUACGAGGUAAUGAGAUUCUGAGAUGUGAGGUUCAAAACACUUUAGAUCACCUAUCAGUGAAGACACACGAACUAAAGGACCUCAAGCUCCAGAUGUUGAAGAAAGACGAAAACAUAAACCGGCUUGAGUUAAAUCUCCAGGAAGCUGCGAAAGACAUAACGAGCUUGAAAACAGUAUUACCUAAGGUUUCUGAUGAAAGAGACCAAAUAUGGAGAGAGUUAAGACAAUGCUGUGAGAAGAACAUGCUAUUGAGCUCAGAGAACGAGACGUUGAGAGUUACGAUAGAUAAAUUGGAGGAGAGAGUUUUAGAGAAAGAAGGAGAGAUCACAAUACUACAAGACACAAUCGGAAGCAAGCAUCGCAACAUCUUCUCAAGUCCUGAUUUUUAG